UGGAUUAAUGACCAUGGAUGUAAUGCUCUGCACAGCAUCAAUAUUCAACCUUUGUGCAAUCAGUGUGGACAGGUUCAUAGCAGUGUCCAUACCACUUAACUACAACAGGAAACAUGUUGACUAUCGGCAGAUUCUACUACUUUCUGCUACAUGGCUGUUGGCGCUGGCUGUGGCAUCUCCUGUCAUCUUCGGAAUAAACAAUGUUCCUCAAAGAGACCCCAGAGAAUGCAAACUUGAAGACAACAAUUAUGUGGUUUAUUCGUCUGUAUGUUCCUUUUUUAUCCCAUGUCCCAUUAUGCUCCUACUGUACUUUGGGAUGUUCCAUGGCUUGCGCAAGUGGGAAGAAUCACGCAGAGUCAAACUGAGAAACGGUAUCCAGGCUUGCCGCAGUUUACAGCAUGCUGCAGUGGCUGCCGCCUUCCCGCCCUUGGGGGCUCUGCCUGCGUCUCUGCCCCGGGUCAUUGAGAGGGACUUGGCCCAGUCCAGUCUUGAGGAGCUUGAUGACUUCACACAGCCCGUCUGCCCCUUCCCACCUGAGUACAAAAACAGCCCCAUUCAGACUGUGGCCUACUCUGACAUUCAAUAUGGCCAGCCAGCUCAGAGAAAGAAGAGGGCUAAGAUCAAUGGAAGGGAGAGAAAAGCCAUGAGGGUUUUACCUGUUGUUGUGGGUGUCUUCCUCUUCUGCUGGACUCCUUUUUUUGUAGUUCACACUACACGAGCCUUGUGUGAAUCCUGUCACAUCUCUCCAGACCUGAUGAGCACAGUGACAUGGCUGGGUUACGUGAAUAGUGCUCUGAACCCAAUUAUCUACACUGUCUUCAACACUGAAUUCAGAAAGUUCUUCAGAGGAUUUCUUCCAUGCUGCUGUUGACAAACACCAAAUGGUCCAUAAGACGUAAUAAUGCCAUAAUUUAU